AUGCAGAGCUCAGAAAGUGGCACCGAUUCAACCUCCUCUGUGGCCCUGUGCGCAGCCGGUGCUGGUCAGGGGGCUGUGCAGGCUGCAGUGGUGCAGCAAGUGCCAGCCCCACAACAGAGGCUAGUGGUUCAGGCAACAGCCUCAGCUCAGAAAGGAAGCCAGGUGCAGCAGCUGCAGGUUCAGAGAGUCCAGCAGGUGCCCCAGCAGGUGCAGCACGUAUACCCAUCGCAGGUGCAAUAUGUGGAGGGAGGUGAUGCCGUCUAUGCUAACGGAACAAUACGUACUGCAUAUUCCUAUCCAGAAACUCAACUCUAUGCUCAGAGCACUGGAUCCUCCUACUUUGAGUCACCGGGAAAUGCAGUUCAAGUGACCACUGUGGUGUCAUCUCCUACUGUGGUACCAUCUCACAGUAUGGUGGGAGCUGUUGGCAUUGCAAUGGAGGUUGGAGGAAGUCAAAUCAUAUCUAGUGGUGGAACCUACCUAAUCCAUGGAGGGUCAAUGGACAGCUCAAGGCACCCUCUCUCACACACUUCUCGGCCGUCACCCGGAACAAUUGAAAUGGCAAUUGAGAACUUGCAGAAAUCUGAAGGGAUCACAGCUCACAAAAGCAAUCUGUUGAAUAGUCAUCUCCAAUGGCUGCUGGAUAACUAUGAGACAGCUGAGGGGGUCAGUCUCCCAAGAAGUUCUCUGUACAACCAUUACCUGCGACACUGCCAGGAGCAGAAACUCGAUCCUGUGAAUGCCGCUUCCUUCGGCAAACUGAUUCGUUCUGUUUUCAUGGGUUUGAGGACCAGAAGACUGGGAACAAGAGGCAACUCGAAGUAUCACUACUAUGGCAUUCGUCUGAAGCCAGAUUCGCCUUUGAACCGUUUACAAGAAGAUAUGCAGUACAUGGCAAUGAGACAGCAGCCAGCCCAUCAAAAGCAAAGGUUCAAACCAAUGCAGAAAUUGGAUGGAGUAGGAGACGGUAUGUCUGGGCAGCAUAUUGGCCCGACUACUCCAGAGCAGUCUGUAGCUGCACAGAGCCAACAUCACCAGCAGUUUCUGGACGUCUCUCGUGCUCUGCCUGAGUUUGUUGAUGUAGAGAUUGGAGACAGCCCUUUCCCACAGGAUGUCACAUUGAAUGAUGUCAAGACAUUGCAGAUUCUGUACAGGGAGCACUGCGAGGCAAUGCUCGAUGUUGUAAUAAAUCUCCAGUUUCAUUACAUUGAAAAACUGUGGCAAACCUUUUGGCAUUCAGCUCCCUCCUCCAACGACGCAGAUUCUGCCACUUCAGUCAGUGAGGAGGAGAAUGAUGCCAUUUUCCCCAAAGAUAAACUGAUGGAGCUCUGUAAAUUUGACCCCAUUGUUAAGUGGAUGAGGAGCUGUGACCAUGUCCUGUACCAGGCACUGGUGGAAAUUCUUAUUCCCGAUGUGCUGCGGCCAGUUCCCAGUGCUUUGACUCAAGCCAUUCGCAAUUUUGCCAAAAGUCUGGAGGGAUGGCUCACAACUGCUAUGAUUGGCUUCCCUCAGCAGAUGCUUCGUACUAAGGUUGGAGUGGUUAGUGCCUUUGCCCAAACACUGCGCAGAUACACAUCCCUCAACCACCUGGCACAAGCUGCUCGAGCUGUACUGCAGAACACAUCUCAAAUUAACCAAAUGCUCAGUGACCUCAACCGUGUUGAUUUUGCCAACGUGCAGGAGCAGGCCUCGUGGGUGUGUCAAUGUGAAGAGGGGCUCGUGCAGAGGCUGGAACAGGACUUUAAGCUUACACUUCAGCAGCAGAGCUCACUGGAUCAGUGGGCAACCUGGUUGGAUAAUGUGGUUAACCAGGUCCUCAAGUCCCAUGAAGGAAGCGCUAGUUUUCCCAAGGCUGCUCGGCAGUUCUUGCUAAAAUGGUCCUUUUACAGUUCCAUGGUGAUCCGUGACCUAACGCUCCGCAGUGCCGCCAGCUUCGGCUCCUUCCAUCUGAUUCGCCUUCUUUAUGACGAGUAUAUGUUCUACCUGGUGGAACAUCGUGUUGCCCUGGCGACCGGUGAAGCACCCAUCGCGGUGAUGGGGGAGUUCGCCGAUCUCAAUCCUGUGUCUCCUCUCCACAUGCAGAAAGAAGAUGGUGUGGACAGUGAAAUUGAUGGUGACUCCAGAGGAGUGAAUGAACCCCCUGUGAAAAGGGAGCGUGUGGAACUCAGCCAUGCUCUUCAGGAGUUGGACAGCUCAGUACACCAGGAAAUAAUGAAUUCUAUGUAAAUUGACUGAAAUCUCUACAGGCUCCUGGUCUCUUCGGAAUGAACCAGUUACUAGAGUUGGCUUUUAACCUCCUGAUGUAGGUGUUGCUCACCUUGGUUGUGUGUAUGAGGUGUCAACUUUGCUGGUUUGCUGUAGGCAGGAGCCCUACAGCUUUUCAGGAUAGAACAGAAAUUAAAGAGCUGAAGUAGUUGGUGUGGAAAGUUUGAGCCCUUUAUUCCUUAGCUAAAGAUGGCCGAGGAUCACUAUUUGGAUUCAAAGCAAAACUAUAUUUAUUAUUGGCAAGAACCACUGAAAAACAGAUGGAAGAUUGGAUUUGUAUUGUUUUCUAGUGUAUCUUAAAUGCACAAGAAACAAUAUCUAAGGUGGAAAAUCGGGUUAGAGAGGAAACUGUCAAUGUUUGGGUUUUUUUUAAUUAAAAGGUUUUCUAAUGGUUUCCUACCUCUAGCUGCCCGUUGGUGUUGCUGUGUAUUCACACUGUAGGGUCUGUGAGGGGAUUGGGACUGCCUUGAAAAACACAAUUUUGGCUGAUUUAUAAAUAAGUGCUUCCUCUGCUCUUGUCCACAAGUACCCUGCUGGUCUCUGAGCAGCCAGAGCUGCUGACCUAACUUUCCCUCAUAAUGCUCACGUUGGACUGUGCUGGGGGAAAGAUUCAGCGCCCAUCCCAUCUUCUCUCUGCUCAUUAAAGCCCCCUUUCCUGGCUGCUCUUUCUGCUUAGUUGGACUCAUCCCCUUGCAGUGUAACUGCGUAAUCUGGCAAAGAACUGAGAUAAGUAGGUCCCACAACUGCAGAGCAGCUCUCUUACCUGAAACCACAUGGCAGCUUCCUAUCGGGUUUUUUGAUGCAUUUACCAGGGAGUGUUCCAUCGCAUCAUUUAAGCUGCUUGUGGAUGGAUUAGCAGCUGUCCAUUCAAAAUUUGUGAUUGGUGAGUUGUGUGUGUGUGUGUGUGUGUGUGUGUGUGUGAACGAACACAAGCUGUGCCUUAGGUAAAUACUGAUGUUUUAUAAACGUACCAGUGCCUGUAACUGUCUGACCAGAGACUGUGAACCUGAACUUUUAGAAACUGAAGUUUAUAUGUAUUUUUGCUAUUCUGAUGGUUUCAAAGUAAAUGACUCGCAAUGUACAGAGUGACCUCUAGCUUUGUAUCAUAUAGCACUCGUCUUAGUGUAUUCAGUACAGCAGUCACUCAUUUCUGAAAAAUGCAUAAACCAGCAGCAGAACCUCACCCCCCAUCCCCCACUCCUGGCUCCCUCACCCCGACCCUCACGCCAA